CAUGUCGGUAGGUGGCGCUAGAUCAUAAAGCAAGAUGGCGGCCUCCUUGGGAAUUUAUUUUGGAGGUUCAACCACGUGUUUGGCAAUAAGCAAAGAUGGAAAGACUGAAGUGAUAACCAAUGAUUCUGGUGACAGAGUGACACCGGCUAUUGUUGCAUACAAUGGAAAUGACAAGGAUGUUGGCUUAUCAGCUAAACAGGGUAAAAUACGCAACGCUGUUAAUACUAUUUGCCAUGUCAAGCACACCCUUGGAAGAAGAGUUGAAGAUAACAUCGUUAAGCAAAAGAUUCGGGAUGGUCCCACUAAGAUAAUUGACAAGAGUGGUUACCCUCUGUAUCAAGUGGACUACAAGGACAAGGUGACAUACGUUACACCCACAGCAGUUGCAACACUAAUCUUCAAAAAGUUAAAAGAGAUUGCAUUACAUCAGGGAGGGAUUGGAGAUGACAGAGAUGUUGUACUGACAAUACCGUUAGAUUUCUCUGAGACACAACGCCGCUCACUGUGUGAAGCGGCUACUGAUGCAGGGUUCAACAUUCUACGCAUCAUUAGUGAGCCUAGCGCCGCAGUCCUUGCCUAUGGAGUGUGUGACACAAAAUCCGCAGAUAAAAGUAACGUCCUUGUCUAUCGGUUGGGUGGUACCAGCCUAACCAUCACUAUCCUACAAGUCAGCAACGGCAUGCUACGUGUGUUGGCAUCGGAGACAGAUCUCUGCUGUGGAGGUGACACAUUCACGUCGCUGCUAGCUAAGAGCUGUGCUUCAGAUUUCAAUAGGACACGGAAUUGUAACAUGUCAGACAAUAAAAGAGCCAUGAACAAGCUGCAUGGUGCAUGUGAAAUCAGCAAACACAUUUUGUCAACGUUACCGUCAGCCAAAUGCUCCAUUGAUUCACUGUAUGAUGGCAUUGACUACCACACCAACAUCUCAAGAGUCAAGUUUGAGGCUCUCAUUAACAGCCAUGCUCAGCAGAGUAUUGAGCUUCUCAAGAAACUUAUCACAGAAGCGGAUCUCAAGCCAGAUCAUAUACACAAGGUGUUGUUAGUUGGUGGAUCAACACGUAUACCCAAGCUACAGCAGAUGAUCAGAGAUGUCCUUCCUAAAGCUGAGAUGCUAGACACCAUCAGUCCAGAUGAAGUCAUUGCUCUAGGGGCUGCCAAGGAGGCUGCUCUUUUAAGUACUCGAGAUGACAGCAUACAACUUAAAGAAGCAGACAUUAUGGCCAGCUGUUGUACUAAAGCUGUCGCACUCAAGGUCAUUGACCCCACUGAAGAUGCGAACUUAGAAAUUGUCAUUCCGCAGUAUUCAUACCUGCCAAUACGUCGGCAGUAUGACUUCAACAUUGGCAAAGAGCAGACGUCAGUUUGUGUUCAAAUCUAUGAGACACAAGAGGGCGCUUCAAUAGAAGAAUCUUCUUUACUGGCACAGAUUGUAAUUGAUGGUUUGGAGACAGAUUCAGAUGAGGACUUUCAUGUGACAUCAGUCUUCCAUUACAGAAGGGAUGGCUCAUUACAUAUAAUCUGCUGUGAAGACAUAACAGGAAAGACAGAAGAGAUCUUGAUUGGUCCAGUGGGACAUGGAAGUAGCCAAUCAGACACCAUCUUAAAUGAGCAAAGAGAUGCAUAAACCAAUCACAUUACUCCUCUGAUACUGGGUGCUUUAGCAAACUGUUAAGUAUUAGUCUGUAAAUAUUGAAGAAAGUAAACACAUGGAUCCUUUUAUAUUCUGUAUCAUGAAUCAAUACUUUUCUCACAUCGUACAGCUACAACAGAUGUCAGAAAACAAUUGUCCUAUUCUUUGACAGCCUUUGUCUGUUAAUUGGUUACCUGUUUUCUUUUCUUAUGGUUCAUAUUAAAGUGGGUACAAGUACCUGUCUUGAUGCCGAUUGAAAGUUGCAGUCCUGUUCGCUGUUAACAAAUUAUCUCUUGAUCGGCCCUCUUGGAAUGCAUCAAUUGGUUUAUACCCAGUUAAAUUAGUGUCAUUUGAUCAUGGGAAAGACGUACUGAAGGCUGAUUACAUUAUCUUCAGCAAUCCAGUGAUCUUUUCAGGAUACAGGAAUUUUAUACAGUGCCAUCUCUUGCAUUAUUUUAUUAGAACCCUUCAAAAUUAAUCCUACAGUGGUCAGGGAGAGCUCAGUUAGUGGAGUUGAAAUGUGCCUAGGAACUAUCGUAUACCUGUCUCCUAAAAGUAGAGAUAUUAUAUGCGGGUUUUGAAUGUUGAAGUGAAAGCAGAGUAUAGUUGGCAUUGCUGUUAUUUACAGUAAGUCCAUGAUGUAUUGAUACCGAUGUGAAAUUCCAUCAAGUAUGUAACUGACUCAUGCCCUCCAGAGAUAUCUAUUAAUUUAACCUCCUGACAAGUGUAUUUCUGAAUCGUUUUCGCUUUUUGGCCAAAAUUGUAUGAUAUGAGACAUUAAAGUAAAGUGCUGGAGCUUGAAGUUGAAAGCUGAGAGGUGUUUUUGCAAAAGGAGAGCUGGAUAUAUUGGAACAUUACGUUUUCUAAAGAAUCUAACAGUGUCUAUAGUGAAUCACCCUGCUACGUUCCUAUCUCUGCUGUGAAAGAAUCACCUUUGGUACGAAUGGGAAAUUUAAAGUAUGUUAAGUACUGCUCUGUGCUGUUAUUGUAAAGUUUGUAGCUAUGAAAUAAACUCCUGGGUGAGUCAACUUA